UCGGCUUGCCGUAGUCAUGUCCACCUCGACUUCCAUGUGGACAGAAACAUCAAAUGCCGCACGCGUUUCACGUGUAAAUUGAAACAAAUAGCUUUACGUUCUAGUGUUUCUGAACAGUGUCGAUGAUAUAUUGUUAGCAGAAUUUGCGGUUUGUAACGUUUUAGAGGGAACUGCCACCGACGGUUUGGCUUCAUCGGUUCUCUCUGCCUAGAGUAGAAAGUGCUUUGCAUGCAGCUUCGAGUCGCACUGUCGCUGUGUGUAACCGCAGGGAGGGCCUUCCCCAAAGACUUGGGAAGAAGAGUGCCCUUGAGGGGGCUUAGGACCAUGGAGGUGUUGGGGGCAUCCCAGAAUAACACGGCCACCACCACCACCACCACAACAACAGCAACAGACGGCACAGUGGCACCGGCAUCCACAGCCGGCGUUACCAACCAGACCGGCACAGCAACAGAAGCAGGGCUUCGGCCAGGAGAGACUGUGGUCAGGGAGGGCAAAGCGGCUAUCUUGUUUCCCAGUGCCAAUGAGGUGUUCUACAACCCCGUGCAGGAGUUCAACCGGGACUUGACAUGUGCCGUGAUCACAGAGUUUGCCCGAGAGCAGCUGUCUCAGAAAGGCGUGCGGCUCGUGGUGCCCGGCGAGAAGGAGCGCGUGGUGGUGUGCCUGGCCGACGACAAAGACAAGUCCUCAGAGAACCAGGAAACGAUGGAUGGGAUGAAGGAGGAGGAGGAGGAGAAGAAGAAAGAGAAGGAUGCUGGGAACGGGAGUGAGACGACGGGAAACGGGAACGGGAAGGAGAAGAAGGAGAAUGGAGGCGGGAAAGAGGAGGAGGAGAGCUUCGUCACUGCCUCUGUUGGGGAGAAAUGUGAGCAAGGCCUGCGAGUGCUGGAGGGGCUGGCGGCGUCGGGGCUGCGCUCGGUGCGCUUCGCCCUGGAGAUCCCCGGCCUGCGCAGCGUCACCGCCAACGACUUCUCGGCCAAGGCGGCCGCCCUCAUCGCCCGCAACGCCCAGCACAACCAAGUGGCACACCUGGUUCACGCCAGCCAGAGAGAUGCCAGUAUGGUCAUGUACGAGGCCCGGGGGAAGAACCAGCGCUUUGACGUCAUCGACCUGGACCCCUACGGAAGCCCGGCGCCCUUCCUAGACGCAGCGGUACAGGCUGUGAGUGAAGGAGGCCUGCUCUGCAUCACCUGCACAGACAUGGCUGUGAUGGCUGGUAACAGUGGAGAGACGUGCUACAGCAAAUACGGCUCCAUGUCCAUCAAGCUCAAAUCCUGCCACGAAAUGGCCUUGCGCAUUAUCCUGCACAGUCUGGACCAGCGGGCCAACGUGUACCAGCGCUACAUCGAGCCUCUGCUCAGCGUCAGCGUAGACUUCUACAUCCGUGUCUUCGUCAGGGUGCGCACCGGACAGGCCAAGGUCAAGAACUCUGCCAGUAAGCAGGCUCUGGUCUAUCACUGCGCGGGAUGCGGCUCCUUCCACCUCCAGAGGAUGGGCAAGAAAACGGCCCACGGCAACAAUAUGAAGUACUCGGCGUCCACUGGUCCUCCGGUAGGGCCCAGCUGUGAGCACUGUGGCCAGAGGCAUCAGCUGGGCGGUCCCCUGUGGGCGGAGCCUCUUCAUGACGUGGGCUUUGUGCGGAGGGUGCUGGACGCCGUCUCGGGAAACCCCACUCGCUUCGGCACCGCCAAGCGCAUAGAGGGGGUACUCAGCAUGGUCACGGAGGAGUUACCUGAUGUUCCGCUCUACUACACGUUGGAUCAUCUGAGCAGCACUGUACACUGCAACACUCCACCCAUGCUGUCGUUCAGGUCGGCCCUGCUCCAUGCAGGCUACAGGGUGUCCCUCUCUCACGCCUGCAAGAACACCAUCAAGACGGACGCCCCGCCUGGUGUACUCUGGGACAUCAUGCGAGGCUGGGAGAAGGCUAACCCAGUGAAGCGAGAGAGGUUGUCUGAGACCAGUCCGGCCUUCAAGAUCCUCAACACAGAACCCACUGUGCAGGCCUGCUUCGAUGUGAGGGAGGAUGCCAACCCCCAGUCCCGCAAGAGGCACCUGGUGCGCUUCCAGGAGAACCCCCAGGCCAACUGGGGCCCCAAGGCCAAGGCUGGGGGUGGUGGCAUCUCAACGGAGCUGGAGGACAAGAGGAAGAAGUUCCAGGGCAAGAGGAAGAACGCCAUCACCGACUCGGCCCAGCUCAAGAACUUCCCCUGCAAGAGGUUCAGGAAGGGCACAUGUACCCAGGGAGACAAGUGCUGUUAUUCCCAUGAUCUGGAGUCUAAUGCAGCAGGAGCAGCAGCCGGCCAAGCUGAUAAGAUGGACUGAACUGAAGAAGAGGUGGUGGUGGUGGUGGGAGGACAAGACAAGAGCGGACUACACACAAACGCAUACCAUAUGAACGCAAUGUGGACUUAGUGCUUACGUGCGCACACAGUCACACACACCAUAUGCACACAAUGUGCUCUCACACACGCACACGCAAUACACACACACACGCAACACACAAACGCGCAAUACACACACACACACACACACACACACACACACGCAAUACACACACACACACACACACACACACACACACACACACACACACACACGCAAUACACAGACACAAUACACACACACACACACAGACACACACACACAAACAGAAGCCUUGUGUGUUUGGGCCCAUCUCUAAAUAAGCAUGGCUUGCUCAUGGCAGCAUUUACUGGAAUCCUGCACGCAGUACGCCAGGAGAAAAGAAAAAAAACACAGAAAGAGAAAAUGAGAAAACAACACAACAAUGUGAUGGCCAAUGCAGAUGGUUAGGUAUUCUGUGUGUGUGUGUGUGUGUGUGUGUGUGUGUGUGUGUGUGUGUGUGUGUGUGUGUGUGUGUGUGUGUGUGUGUGUGUGUGUGUGUGUGUGUGUGUGUGUGUGUGUGUGUGUGUGUGCAGGGCCACUGAUAGCUUUGGCUGGACCCGGGACAAAGACAUCUGAAAGGGCCCCAGUCCCAAUGCAUACAAUGUAAUAAGGAUCCAAUUCUGGGCCCCCCCUCUCCCUGGGCCCGGGACAAGUAACCUCUUUCCCCCCCCUCUUCAGCUUUCCUGUGUGUGUGUGUGUGUGUAUGAUUAUGCAGACCAUGCAGCAUUUCUUAAGUCUGUGGUAGGAAGCUGCAACAAAAUGGAGUAACUGUCAAUUAAGAAGGCCCGGUGUGAAAUAUGAGACAAUGUGGGAAAAUGGAGUCUGUGUGAAUGUUUCCCAGAGAUAAAUUCUGCAAGAGUGUUGUUCUCAUGUACAGAUAGGGGAUUAGGUGGAUUUUAAUUUCAAACUGUCUUUUUAUUUUGUUCUUUUAUUUUUUUGUGCGUUCUUUUAAAUUGAUGAAUAAAUAUCCCCUCCCUUGCA